AUAGUUAUGGAUCUGCUCCACAGCUGGGGAGUGAGCCUGGCUGUCCACUUGCAGACAGAGUAUGGUGUCUAUGAGAGCUGGUUUCAGCUGGUUUCUUCCGUGGCUGACCUCCAUACCACCUUCUUCAUCUUUUUCCCCAUCUGGUUCCACCUGAAAAGAGAUGUUAGCAUUAAGCUUAUUUGGGUGGCCGUGGUGGGGGACUGGAUUAAUCUGGUGCUAAAAUGGAUUUUGUCUGGAGAAAGGCCGUACUGGUGGGUUCACGAGACCAGGUUUUACGGCUCUGAAAGGGUACCUGCACUCAGACAAGUUCCUAUCACAUGUGAAACUGGACCAGGAAGUCCUUCUGGUCAUGCAAUGGGAUCUGCUGGUGUUGGGUAUGUGAUGGUCACAGCUCUGAUAUCCAUUGCUGCCCAGAGAAAACCUCCUACUCAGUUCUUUUGGUGUUUACAGAUGGUGCUGUGGAUGCUGUUGGGUCUAGUGGAGCUACUGGUCUGCAUGUCUCGUGUUUAUGUUGCUGCCCACUUUCCACACCAGGUUGUAAGUGGAGUCAUCUCAGGGAUAAUUGUAGCUGAGAUAUUCUCAAGACAGCAGUGGAUCUACCAUGCCAGUCUUCAGAGGUACUUCAACAUCACUCUGUUCCUGCUUAUUUUCGCUGUGGGCUUCUACAUGCUCCUGAAGGCUGUAGGUGUGGAUCUGCUCUGGACUCUUGAGAAAGCCCAGAAAUGGUGCGUCAACCCAGCUUGGGUCCACAUGGACACCACGCCCUUCGCCAGCCUGCUGCGCAACAUGGGCACGCUGUUUGGUCUGGGCCUGGGGCUGCACUCCCCUCGCUACACUAAGAACAAGCAAAGCAGAAGUGCCUCCUUCAGGAUUGGCUGCAUUGGUCUAUCAUUGUUUAUUUUGCAGCUCCUGGACUCUUUGAGCUUUUCUUCUAAUAACCAGGUAUUUUUCUACCUUCUCUCAUUCACUAAGAGCACUGUCGCCCUGCUGGUUCCCACUACACUUGUUCCAAGAGGCAUGUCCUGGUUUUUACUGGGAAUCAAUGACAAAAAGAAUACAUAG